GUAUUGAUAAGUGCAUCGAAUUAAUUAAUCUUAUGAAAACUAUGUCUUUUUUUGUCCUCGGUUUUCUGUAUUUUAGUGUAUACAGUUGUUUUGAUUGUCAAGAUGGUCCUCCAGGAGUAUACUGCAGUGAUACCCUUAGUGGUUAUUAUAAUUGUUUAAAUAACGGAACAUCAACGUACGUAGAUUGUCAACCAGGUACCAGGUGUUCAUGCUACAUAAAUAACCCGUGUCAAACAAAAAACAUAUGUUCCAAUUAUAGCAUUCCACCGUCUAUGAUUAGCUCGUUUGUUUUGCAUUAUAAAGGCUUUCAAGAAACUCAACAUCCGCAAGGAAGUUACAUUGAAGAUUUACAUGGUACAAUAAGACAAGAAACCGCAAAAAAACAAUAUUUUCAAGAAAACAUUGUUGGCUCAACUCACACAUUCGUACUUAUUAUUCCCAGUAAAAAAGAUGAAUUCAAAAUGUACAAAGGAACGGUCAAUAAAUCUUGUAGUGGCUUUGAACUAAGAAAAUUUGAUGUAUUUUUAAACGAACUCACUCAUUUUACGAAAAUAAGUAAAAAAGUUGUUGAUAACUACACAACUGAAGAAACUUUUUUCUUUCGCAAUGGUAGACGUCAUCUCGGUCAAUCAUUAACUACAUGGGAAUGGGUUGUCAAGAAUAAUUUGAUUAAGAAAACGUUAGAACCAAUUUAUUUCAAAACUCAAUUUUAUGGAAGUGAGCUUGCAAGGCAAAUUAUGAUUACUUCAUGGACAUCAAUAAGCAUAGUUCCAAGUUACUCGAAUGAUACAUUCUUUCAAAUUCCAAAAAUAUGCAAAAAGUAAAUGUUUUGUUAUUUCAAUAACAAUUUCACAGUGUCAAAAAAAUGUAAUUGUUAAUGAGAUUCAAUUGUUUAUUUAUUGUAAAUAUUUAUUUGUAAUAUUAUGU